GAAAGAACAUAACAAAAUGCUUGGUCGGAAAAGUCUCCAAUUAUAUUGAUGUUGACUCAGAUAUUGACUGGUUACGCAUGACAAACGAAGUGACUCUACAAAAACAACUUCAUUGGGGUAGUCAUCUUGGUUUGCCCGCAAUCAGUUUACGAUUGAAUGGACCGAACACUGCGAACCUUGCCCGAGUACUAACCACUUUCAUCCACACCGAAUACACACCCGUUAAGUUAUGGAUAAUCGUUCCAAUGUGUAUGGAAGUUGAACCGGAUGAAGCACAUUCUGAGGAUCAGCCGCCUGCCGAAUUUGGCUACAAACACGUGGAUUCUCCAUGGCAUUGGUGGAUGCAAUUGUCAAGUCUUGCUUCAGACAUCACAGAUGCACUGGGUGUGGUGCUUGAGAUUCCGAACAAUUUACCGGACGAGUCAGUGGUUGCCCGAUGGCUCAGUGAACCAGUUUGUUGUCUUCUACUGCGCACAGAUGUGUUUCUGACUAACUCCAAAGGUUUCCCAGUCCUGUCCAAAUCACAUCAAGAAGUUAUCCGCCGGUUUUUCAAGUUGAACGUUCAAGUGCUUAUCACCGGUGCGUGUCGCCAUGAUCGCGGUUACGUGGCAUAUCAGCAAUAUGUGACGUGGUUGUGGAAAAAUCAGAGCAGUCCAGAUGUGUACGAAUUGCAAUCCAAAGGUUUAGAAGAUCAACUACAGUCAUACACGUAUUUCAGCGAGUAUGCGAAUAAAAGCAAUGGGACUAAUUCUCGCUCAUCUGCUAUCUUUUCUCGGUAUGCGGCUCGACAUCAGGAACCCUUGCAACCGCUUCGUGACAAUUUAUCCUCGACAACCUACAGCAUUUUUGAAAUGGACCCUUACAAGUACAACGCUUACGAACAGGUAAGUUUGUUGAUGUACUCAACGUUUGUACGGAGCAAUGCUUACACAUGUCACAUUCUUGCUGUGUAA